AUGCUUGCACCUCUCACCUUCAUGUACUUGUUGAAGACACUCUGGAUCUCCUCAUUGAUGCUCGGCUGGUCGUCGCACGGAGAAAACGGCACCCCCAGGGCCGCACAGCCGCCGCGUUCUCUUGCCCGCGGGCCCGGAGCCCGGGAGCCCGAGAGCCCGAGGCCCUGCCCGGCCCGAGCCCCGGCCUCGCCCGGGCGCCCUCACCGUGAGAACCGGCUGCCCCGCCGCGCCCGCGUCGCCCAACUCCAGGCCGCCUCGUUCUGCCACGCCGGGGCCCCGCGGCUGCUCGGUGUCGCCAGUCGCCCCCAUGGCGCCCCCGGCCCACAACAACCUCAGCUCGACUCAGCCACCGGAAAGCGGCGCCGUGACGUCACGGGAGCGUCCCGGCCACCCGGCCGGAAGCGCGACGCGGGUGCGCCGAGCAGUUGCUAUGGGAACCGAACUGCCGCCUGGGAGCCGCGUCUAGGUGGAUUUCCGGAUCUCGGGCGUGCGGACGAGGUUGGGGCUUCCAAACCCCUGGAAGACGACGGCUGGGGACCGAGUGGAGUAGCUCUCAACCUCAACAUCAGCAGGAUGCUAAGCUCCCUCUUCCUCACGAAGGCACUCCUUGUUCUCCUUGCUCUCGGCUCCCUGGCAUCCUGGGUAACUGCAGGAGAGCACGAAUUAAGUGCUGGAUGUCCUGCUGACCCUCUUCCAUGUGAGGAGCUGUGUGAUGGGGACACAUCUUGCCCCCAGGGACACAAAUGCUGCAGCACGGGCUGUGGCCAUGCCUGCCGAGGAGACAUUCAGGGAGGGCGGGAUGGCCAUUGUCCCAGGAUUCUGGUGGGCCUGUGUAUUGUCAACUGCAUGGUGGAUGAGAACUGUCAACCGGGGGAGAAGUGCUGUAAGUCAGGCUGUGGCCGAUUCUGCAUCCCCCCUCUCCAGCCAUUCAAACAGCCCACAGACUCCAGCUGGACCAGUGAGUCCAAUUCUGAAUUGGAGGCUCAAGUACCCUAGCUGUUCUGGCUUGUCUAGAACUCCUGGAAUCUUCUGGAAGCCAAGAAGGGGUGAUAUCCUGGGGCUUGUGACACUCCCACUGAUAUCAGGGCAUCUCUUUGCUUCUACUGCUGUCUGGAGAACACGGAGCAGCCCUGGGGACAGAUGUUUCUCUUUCCCAAUAAAAUGCUGGCUUG